AGUCUAUUUAUUUAAGAUAAAAAGAUUUAAACAACUGUUUGUGAUUACUAUUUGAACUAUUAUAGAUAGAUAGAUACUUGGAGAGAGAUACUUGGAGUUUCUGAGUAAACAUACAGUUGAGAUAAUGUUCGCUAAAAUCUUUCUCCUAAUAUCUCUACUUGGUAAGAUGUAUAAUGUUUUGUAUUUUUUUGUGUUUGUUUUGUACCAUUCAAUAAUAAUUAUUUAGGUUUGAAGAAUACAAUCUACGGAGAACCUAUUGAGAGUUCUGUAAAUGAUUUUGAACAACUGGAAUGUCAAUUAAACAGUACUUACUUACUCCUGCUACUCCUUGUGGAGGAGCAUAGGUCGCUUACCAGCACUUUCCAUCAAACCUUGUCCUGGGCAAUCCUUUCCACUUCUUUUCAGUUGUUAUUCAUCCUUUUCAUAUUCGCUUCUAUUUCCCGACGUAAUGUGUUAUGAUAGACAUUUGUGAAACUUGUGUUAUGAAUGUUCGUGGUAUUCGAUGGUUACUUUUGCAAAGUUAUACACGAAAGAUUGCAGCUGAACUAUUAUCUGUAAUGUGUAAUUUCUUUCCAUAUAAACAACCUCGUGCUCAAUGUAAACGUUUCUUUAAAGGACCAUUUGAUGGGAUAGUUCAUGAUUUUGUUGUAAACAUGAGUGUUUAUGAACCAUGUCAAUAUCUUGGACUUUGUGAAACAGUUCAACAAGAAUCGAUGACAAGUCUAGAUGAUUCAUUCUAUACCAAUCUGUUGAUGAAAACAUUAAGCAUAUUGAAAGAAGAUAUAGAGUCAAUUUUUACACCAGAGUUUAUUGAACGAUCAGCUACAAAACUUUGUUCUUCUGACAAAAGGUGCAUAAAAGCUUUCAAGAAAUCUGCUGUCGGUCUCAUCAAAGUUAUUUAUAAAAAUUCAGAAGGUGAAUGGUUUUCAGACGAUAUUUAUAGCUAGUUUAACCGUUUUUCACUUCAGUUAAUAUUCACUAUUAUGGUUAAACUAUUCGGGGACAUCUCUUUGAAUAAGUAAAUAAAUAUUUAAUUCGU